GGAGCGCGCCGGCGGUGGCGGCGGCGGUUGCGGAGUGGGGAACGUCGGCUGCGGCCCCUGUGGCGGCUUAGGCACAAGAGACAGGCAGCGGCGGCAGCUCCUGGUGCGGUUCGGCGCGCGGCCAGCUCUAGAGUUCGGAACGGAAAGGUCGGCGUCGCGGUCCCCGCCCGGAAAGUUUGUUCCGGAGCCGCUACCUCUUGGCCGGCUCGGCCCGGCAUGAAGCGGCGCUGAGGAGCUGUCGCUGCUGUAGUCGCCGCCUGAGGAGAAACCGUAGUACCCUGGGCCACGCCGAUGACUACUGCAAACUGUGGCGCCCACGACGAGCUCGACUUCAAACUCGUCUUCGGCGAGGACGGGGCGCCGGCACCGCCGCCCCCGGGCUCGCGGCCUGCAGAUCUUGAGCCAGAUGAUUGUGCAUCCAUUUACAUCUUUAAUGUAGAUCCACCUCCAUCUACUUUAAACUCACCACUUUGCUUACCACAUCAUGGAUUACCGUCUCACUCUUCUGUUUUGUCACCAUCGUUUCAGCUCCAAGGUCACAAAAACUAUGAAGGAACUUGCGAGAUUCCGGAAUCUAAAUACAGCCCAUUAGGUGGUCCCAAACCCUUUGAGUGCCCAAGUAUUCAAAUCACAUCCAUCUCUCCUAACUGUCAUCAAGAAAUAGAUGCUCAUGAAGAUGACCUACAUAUAAAUGACCCAGAAAAGGAAUAUUUGGAAAGGCCUUCUAGAGAUCAUCUCUAUCUUCCUCUUGAGCCAUCUUACCGGGAGUCUUCCCUUAGUCCUAGUCCUGCCAGCAGCAUCUCUUCUAGGAGCUGGUUCUCAGAUGCAUCGUCUUGUGAAUCUCUUUCACAUAUCUAUGAUGAUGUGGAUUCAGAAUUGAAUGAAGCCGCUGCCCGAUUUACUCUUGGAUCCCCUCUGACUUCUCCUGGUGGCUCACCAGGGGGCUGCCCUGGAGAAGAGUCCUGGCAUCAACAGUAUGGACUUGGACACUCCUUGUCACCCAGGCAAUCUCCUUGCCACUCUCCUAGAUCUAGUGUCACUGAUGAGAAUUGGUUGAGUCCCCGACCAGCCUCAGGACCCUCAUCAAGGCCUACUUCCCCCUGUGGGAAACGGCGGCACUCUAGUGCUGAGGUUUGUUAUGCUGGGCCCCUUUCACCCCAUCACUCACCUGUUCCUUCUCCUGGCCAUUCCCCUAGGGGGAGUGUAACAGAAGAUACCUGGCUCAAUGCUUCUGUCCAGGGUGGGUCAGGCCUUGGUCCUGCACUUCUUCCACCAUUUCAGUACUAUGUAGAGACUGAUAUCCCUCUAAAAACAAGGAAGACUUCUGAAGAUCAAGCUACUGUACUACCAGGAAAAUUAGAGCUCUGUUCAGAUGAUCAAGGGAGUUUAUCACCAUCUCGGGAGACUUCAAUAGAUGAUGGCCUUGGAUCUCAGUAUCCUUUAAAGAAAGAUUUAUCUGGUGACCAAUUCCUUUCAGUUCCUUCACACUUUACCUGGAGCAAACCCAAGCCUGGCCACACCCCUAUAUUUCGCACAUCUUCAUUACCUCCGCUAGACUGGCCUUUACCUACUCAUUUUGGACAAUGUGAACUGAAAAUAGAAGUGCAACCUAAAACUCAUCAUCGAGCCCAUUAUGAAACUGAAGGUAGCCGAGGAGCAGUAAAAGCUUCUACUGGCGGACACCCUGUUGUGAAGCUUCUGGGAUAUAGUGAAAAGCCGAUAAAUCUACAGAUGUUUAUUGGAACAGCAGAUGAUCGAUAUUUACGACCUCAUGCGUUUUACCAGGUGCAUCGAAUCACUGGGAAGACAGUUGCUACUGCAAGCCAAGAGAUAAUAAUUGCCAGCACAAAGGUUCUGGAAAUUCCACUUCUUCCUGAAAACAAUAUGUCAGCCAGUAUUGACUGUGCCGGUAUUUUGAAACUCCGCAAUUCAGAUAUAGAACUUCGAAAAGGAGAAACUGAUAUUGGCAGAAAGAAUACUAGAGUACGACUUGUGUUUCGCGUACACAUCCCACAGCCCAAUGGAAAAGUCCUUUCUCUGCAGACUGCUUCUAUACCUGUUGAGUGCUCUCAGCGGUCUGCUCAAGAACUGCCUCAUAUUGAGAAGUACAGUAUCAACAGUUGUUCUGUAAAUGGAGGUCAUGAAAUGAUUGUGACUGGAUCUAAUUUUCUUCCAGAAUCGAAAAUCAUUUUUCUUGAAAAAGGACAAGAUGGACGACCUCAGUGGGAGGUAGAAGGGAAAAUAAUCAGGGAAAAAUGUCAAGGGGCUCACAUUGUCCUUGAAGUUCCUCCAUAUCAUAACCCAGCAGUUACAGCUGCAGUGCAGGUGCACUUUUAUCUUUGCAAUGGCAAGAGGAAAAAAAGCCAGUCUCAACGUUUUACUUACACACCAGUUUUGAUGAAGCAAGAACACAGAGAGGAAAUUGACUUGGCUUCAGUUCCAUCAUUGCCUGUGCCUCAUCCUACCCAGAUCCAGAGGCCUUCCUCAGAUACAGGACACAUAUGUGACAGUGUACUGUCAGCACAGAGAAGCUUGGUUUGUCCCAUCCAGCAAACAUAUGCAUCCAUGGUAACCUCAUCUCAUCUGUCACAGCUGCAGUGUAGGGAUGAGAGUUCUGGUAAAGAACAGCAUAUGAUACCUUCUUCAGUCUUGCACCAGCCUUUUCAAGUCACACCAACACCUCCUGUAGGAUCUUCCUAUGAGCCUAUGCAAACUAAUGUGUACAAUGGACCAACUUGUCUUCCUAUUAAUGCUGCCUCUAGUCAAGAAUUUGUUCCAGUUUUGUUUCAGCAAGAUGAAGCUCUUCCUAGUUUAAUAAAUCUUGGCUGCCAACCACCAUCAUCCAUACCUUUUCAUUCUUCAAAUUCAGCCUCUACAGGACAUAUCUUAACCCAUAUACCUCAUUCUGUGCAUACCCUGCCUCAUCUGCAGUCAGUGGAAUACCAUUGCUCAAACACAGGACAAAGAUCUCUCUCUUCUCCAGUGGCUGACCAGGUCACAGGUCAGCCUUCCCCUCAGUUACAAUCCAUUACAUUUGGUUCUUCACAAUUAGGGUCUGCUACAGCAGUUUCCCCAGCAGCUUCUCAUCCCCUGGCCAGUUCACCGCUUUCUGGACCUCCAUCUCCUCAGCUACAGCCUAUGCCUUACCAAUCUCCUAGCUCAGGAACCGCCUCAUCACCAACUCUAGCCACCAGAAUGCACUCUGGACAGCAUUCAACUCAAGCACAAAGUACAGGUCAGGGAGGUCUUUCUGCACCUUCAUCCUUACUGUGUCACAAUUUGUGUGAUCCAGCUUCAUUUUCAUCUGACAAAGCAACUGUGAACAUUAAACCUGAACCUGAAGAGCAGGAACCUAACUUUUCAACAAUUGGUCUACAGGACAUCACUUUAGAUGAUGUGAACGAGAUCAUUGGGAGAGACAUGUCCCAGAUUUCUGUUUCCCAAGGAACAGGGGUGAGCAGGCAGGCUCCGCUCUCUGGUCCCGAAUCCCUGGAUUUAGGAAGAUCUGAUGGGCUCUGACAGUGCUUGCUGCAACCUUGCGUCCACCACCACCAUAUAGUUCACAGCAUGUUUCUCUCCUUGGACCUUGGGUUUCCAACUCUGCGGCCUUAAGGACUGGCACCAGGAAUUGGAGGUCACAGUUUGUGGGGAAAGCAGCAUUCCUCCACCUCAGGCCUUUGGUAGAUUUCAUAAAAGAACAGGAGCAGCAUAGGCUGUUUUGAGCUUUGGGGAAAUGAGCUUUGCUUUUUAUUUUUGAAUAGGAUACUUUUAUAUGAUGGGUGCUUUGAGUGUGAAUGCAGCAGGCUCUUCAUUUCAGAGGUGCUGCUUUUUCAGGUGACUUGGUUGCUUAGCUAGGAUUGGUGAUUUGUACUGCUUUAUGGUCAUUGAAGGACCCUUUAGCUUUAAUGACAUUUUUAAAAUAGAAACUUUUGAUAAAACCUUCCAGAGGCAAAUAUAAAAGACAAAAAUUCUCCCAAGCCCACACCUAUGCCUCAGAAACUCAAGCAUAUGUCCUGAAGCCUUUCAUAGAUUCAUGGGAAAUAAAGCCAAAUGUAGCUUAUACCUCUUUAUAAAAGUAAACUGUUAGAUAAAAUGAGAAGAGACCAUUCCAAUCAUUGAAGUGUUGGAAUAAAAAAUGACAUUCCAGAGCAUAGCCUUUUUGUAACUUUCUAGAUAAUUUUCUUGCAGUCUCUCCAUUCUGACUCCAUGUUGAAAUUGCUUUUUUCCCUCAGGGCCUUAGGUGAGAUAGCUAUUUACAAGGUGACUUUGAAAGGUGAGGUCUUAGUUUGGUAGCUUUAAUUUCCUGCCAUCCUACAAACAAGUGCUCUUCCCUUAUGUCUCCUUUUCCAAGUGGGAGCAUCAGCAUUUGGCUACUCUGUAACCUUUGAAGCCACAGUCUCACAGUGGUUUAAGCAACUUUGCUGGUUCUAACUCAUCUCUAGGGGCCAGGCUUUGUCAGGAGCUAAGCACAAAUGAGCUAUGCUUCAGAACAGGAGCAGAGAAAAUGCAGGACUCUGGCAAGAUGGCAAGUUUCUAAUGUUCACACUGGCAUGGAAGGUUUAUCCCUCAUUCUGUUUACAGCCUCAAAUGAUUCUGGCCUACCCUGUUCCAUCUGCAGGGCCUAAAAAACAACCUUUUCCCAAAAAGGCUUUGAGGCAAAUCCAAAAAUGAGGUAGCAUCAUAGACUUGACCCUCCAGACCAAAGAUGCCGUGGUGCUGUUGCAGGUGAGGCUGGCACUCAAGGCCAGGGCCAGCAAGAAACUCCAGCCUGCUGUCUACCAAAGGAGGUGCCCAACUCGGGUGCUUUUUUCAAGCCCCAUGUUUACCCCCUCCCAUUAAUGGGAUAAGUUACCUGGUCCAAGACCUGGGCCUAUUUCAGAGCUCCUGAAGUUUGCAGUAUGUUUUCAGAUGAAGUAAUGUACUUUCAUUUAUUCAGAAAGUACAUUUGAGUGCCUACAUAGGAAGCAGUGUGCUGGGCUGGUCAAAGGUUUGAUGCUGUUAUUCCAGGGGGUUGUGGGUCCUAGAUGCCAGGAUUCUCUACUAAGGCCAAGUGAGUCUUGGGCAGAGGGAGCCAGCUCAUUGCUCACCACCUGUAGUCAGCCAGGGAGGAGCUGUUGACCCAGGAUGAGUAAGUAUGGUAAUUUUUUUUUUUUUUUUUUUUUUUUUGGCUUUAAAUCGUGUUUUAGAUUUGUUCCUUAAAACUAGUUCUAUAAAUCGCUCUGGUCCCUCUUGGACUGAGUGUUUUCAUAUUUUCUUUGAAAGUGAAUUUUAUGUCAGUGUGGAGAGUGAGCUUUUUCAGGACUAUGGUUGGAAGCGCACAGCUUCCUUUGGAGGUUGUGGGGGCUAGCCCCCAAGAUGAAUUUCCAAAGAGCUGGCCAGACUUGCCUCCACCCUCUUGCCCCUGGUGUAGCUGCCUCACAUGGGUUUCUUGCAUAAGGUCCCCUUGCAGGAUCCAUUGGGGGUUGCUCUGCUCUGUCCUCAAAAAUAAGUCUCUAUGAUCCAGAGUUGCUAUGCACCAAAUUUUGAUGCCUUUUAAAUACCUUGAUGCCUGUAGCACUAGAAAUGCUUUCCUAUUUAAAAUAAAAGUUAAAUUUUAAAAUAGAGCUUUGUAUACUAUGUAAGCAGUUUUGUAUCAGCUUUGUAAAAGCUUUGGUCUGAAGUCAAUAUUUUUUGGCCUUGUAGAUAAAGACUUACAUUUUUUGUGCAACAUAGUGGUGUUAAAGCACAGAUCCAUUGGACUAUGCAAAUUGAGUUCUAGUAGCAGCACUGGCAGCUGGGCAUGUGCUAGCACCAAUCCCCCCUCUAGCCCGUGCAAGAUCUGGGUAGAAGAGUGGGAUGAGCAGCCUUCUGCUUACUGGAAAUACACAGAGAAACAUGGCUGAAAACGGCUUUAAAAGGAACAGCUGUCUCCAGGAUCAAGUGUGGUGCUGCUGCCUGGGUUGCAGCCUACUGCUGCCCAGGGCUAGUCACUAUCAUCAGAGUUCUGCUGGGUCUGCCUGAGAAACUGUUUUUGAUAUCAGAACAGAUGGUUGUCUUUAAGGCUCAGAUGGGCUCAAGUUGAAACCUUGUAUUUUAAAAAAUGAAUGAUGUUCAGUUAAGGAACUGGUUCUCAGUUAUGUUUACAGCACUCGGGAUUGUGUUUUCUUGUACAUUUUGUAUUUUAAAACCUUUUAUAGGAGUACAGUGCUCCUUACACAAAUACAAAGGGAAGAGCCAGCAAUUCAGGCUCCUCAGUUACAGUGCUGAAAUAAUAAUAAACGAUGACAGGUCAACAGUCUCCUUGAAAUCUGCCUGAGUUUUCCUCCACUUGGGGCUGGUGUGGAGCCCCUGACUCGGGGCCAAAGCUAAGGGUACUUUGGCUUUUAAAAAGUCCAUGUGGUUAGGAACCUUUGUAUAUUUUAUGGAGAGGGUAGAGUUCCAAAUUCCUUGUGAAGCUUCAGUUCUGCUCCCUUUAAUGGGUGCAAAGGACAUUCCAUGGUGUCUGCUGAGUUCAGGACAACUGGGCUGCCCAAGGUAUGCGUGAAAAGUAGGCAGAAAAUUCCCUUUAAAAGUCAAGCCUGAGUUUUUAUGUGAGGGCCUCCUGCCCCCUAGUGUCCUCUGGGGAUACUGCAGUACAGUCCAUCAAAACAGUCUGUGGUUUUGCCAUCUGAUAUUUCUCGUGCCAAGCUGGAAGGGCUACUACCCUUAGGUGGGACCACCCCUGGAACAACGUGGCCAUUGAGGUCCAAGUAUCCUGGGGGCUGGGGCCAGCACUUUUGGUUUCUCUGCUCCCCCACCAUUGGGAUCUUUACUCAGAGGCUCCCAGGAGUCAUACGUUGAAGGUAUCAGGGCUUGCAUUUUAAAAAAGGCAAGCCUGCUGUGGAUGUCAGCCCCACAGCAUCUGUGGGCAUGGACCAUAUCUAGGACAGACUGAAGGCUCUCUGGGUGCUACUCAAGAGGCCCGGGUCAGGCCACUGGGAGCAGGGUAGCACCAUUCCACCCCCAGCCCUGCAUGCAGGGUCCAGCCAUCAUCUUUGGGGUGAACAGCGUAACAGUAAGUGAGGGAUGGAGCUCAGGCUUGAGCUCCUCUGAGUGCUUUCAGCAAGAAGCCACCGGGUUGAGGGCACUGGUUCUCUGGACACCGGAGAGACAUGUUAGCUGAGGACAUCAGCUAGCUCUUACCUUCUGAUUCCCUCACCUACAAACACACCCACUCUUUGGGGGCCUGUAGCACUGUGCGAGAUGGGUCACCAACAGGCAUCAGGCUUGUGUAGUCAUCAGGGACUAGCUGCAGAAGGGACAGAGAUUUAGGGC